UGCCGCCCUCUGCUGGGGCGUGUACCCGGGAGGAGAGGGCGCAGGUCCGGUUGUUAUGGUGAAGCAUUCCCCCUGAGGGCUGGAGCACAGGACAGCUGCCGACUUCAGCGUCACAGCCGCGGAGCAGCACAGGAGCCCCCCCGCUGACCGGUCCCCCUCCACAGUCGUAGACAGAAACCGUGUCAUCGAGCAACGAGUCACUAAAGCAACCACACCCAACUUUCAUAUUUUGAAGACCUUCCAAAAAGCCAGCGGCAAGUCUCCACACAGCAGCAGGAGAUAUUUGAAUGCCACUACCCACAAUCCCCUGAAGUAACAACCUUGUUUGAAUCUUAUUAUGUCCCUUUUCAUUGUCUAUACUUAAACUCACAGCCCCGGAUCUUCCUACCUUGUGGAGUUAUCAUUUACAGCGACCGUAUUUUCACUAUGGAUUGUUAUAAACUUGCUGCUCAUCUGGAUACAAGUGUUGGACGCAAUUGGGACCACGAUGAAUUUGAAGCUAAAUUGCAUCAUCCAACCUGGAGAGUAGUUUGACCCUUUGCCUUUCGAGCACCACUUGUCAUCCUCUGUUUCUCUUGUCCCCAGUGGAUCGUUGGCCAAGUUACCCACAGUUGACAUGGAUGGGAGGACUGACAGCUCGUCACAAACCACAGCUCGGAUGCUUGUGUUUUGGACGCCUCUCUCUCACGUUUUUUCUUCAGCAAGAUAAAAAUAAUUUGAAGAAGAUGGGAAAGAGACACUUGGAAAGUCAUGGAGAUAUCUGUGACCUGAUGAUGCAAAAUAAGUCGAUUUGAUUCUUCAUUUAUCAGACACGGCUUCCUUGUAUUUUUUAUUUAUGAAAGGAUAUUUUCACAGCAUCCUUUUGUGCUGUCUCGCAGACGAAGGCCUGUGUGGCCUGACAGUCGGGCCUCUUUAAGGGCCCCAAAGAAGGCAUAUGAGACAUUUUGGAACCUGAAAACUUUAAUCUGAUAUCCCUGUGGAUUAAGACAAACAAACAGGAAUAGGCACCGGGACAGUUUGUCGUGUUGUGGUGGCAUGGCAACAGAUCACGGCGAGCUGCUGGCUGAAAUGGCCACGGUUGGGCGUCUGAGUGCCACCGAACGCCUGAAACACGCCCAGAAGCGUCGCACUCAGCAGCUGAAGACCUGGGUGCAGAUGGAGAAGGAUUCAGUGCGAGGGUCGAGGGCCAAGGCAGAUAAGAAGAAGGCACGCACCAUCAAAGUGACGUUCCCUAAUACCGUCACCCUGCUAGAUGCAGCUGCUCGCAAUGACGUGGAGGAAGUGAGGGAGCUGCUCAACAGUGGUAUCAGCCCAGAUCUGGUCAACGAGGAUGGACUUACAGCCCUUCAUCAGUGCUGCAUUGAUGACUUUGUGGAGAUCGUGCAAUGCCUGCUGGAUGCUGGCGCCUGUGUGAAUGCCUGCGAUAGUGAGUUGUGGACACCGCUGCACGCUGCUGCCACCUGUGGACACACUGGUCUGGUGCAGCUCCUGAUCCAGGCUGGGGCUGACCUGCUGGCUGUCAACGCAGACGGCAACAUGCCCUAUGACCUCUGUGAGGACGAGGCCACCCUGGAGCUGCUGGAGAUGGUUAUGGCUGAACAUGGGAUAACUCAGGACCGUAUAGAUGAAUGCAGAGGAGCUAAGGAGGCGGCCAUGCUAGCCGACAUUCGGGCUCUGCUUCAGAGCAAAGCAGACUUAAACGCUCAGGACAAUAAUGGAGCUGGACUGCUUCAUAUAGCAUCUGCUAAUGGCUAUGCAUCAGUGGCAGAGCUGUUGCUGGACAACAGGGCUGAGGUGGAGGUGAAGGAUGCUGAUGGCUGGACACCGCUACAUGCUGCCUCCUGCUGGGGACAAAUCCAAAUGGUGGAACUGCUGGUAGCACAUGGAGCUAAUCUGAACACCAAGUCUGUCUUGGAGGAGACACCUCUGGAUGUGUGUGUGGAUGAGGAGGUGAGAGCCAGACUAACGGACCUAAAGCACAAACAUGAUGCCAUCAUGAAGAGCCAAGACCGGCAGAAGGGCACACUGCAAAGACGAGCCUCCAGUACCGGCAGCAGAGGUAAGGUGGUGCGUCGUGUCAGUGUGAACGAGCGUUCAAGUCUGUACCGACGAGAGCACCACAAAGAGGCCAAGGUGUGGCAGGAGCGCGGUCGACAGCCUGAUCCACAGGAUGACGAUGAGGACAGACAGACGGACAAUGAGCUGCACCAACACGCCAACACGGCUGCUGGUUCUACAGCGACAUCCCGAUUAGAGGAACUGGAGGGUGCAGACAGGAAAAUAGUGUCCAGCCUUGGUAAUGGAGGGACGUCUGUUUCCCUGGCUGCCUCUGUGCCUGGAGAGCUGUGGAGCGGUGGGGGUCGCAUGGAGCGCAGCGCCUCCUACCAGCUCAGCCCUGUAUCUGCAUCUGGAGCGGGGUCCGAGCCUGCAGAGGGUGAGGGGGCAGACAAUAUGACUCGAGAGAAGUCGCACCAAACUCUGGCUGACCUAAAACGCCAGCGGGCAGCCGCCAAGCUCAAUAAAUACCCUGCACCUCAGCCACCACUGCCCCCUUCCUUAGAGGAGGAGCCUUCUGUGGCAGCGGCUGAGGUUACGGCCGCUCAGGCCGAGCCCGAGCUCCAAGUGACACCCAGUCCAGAGCAGCUGGCUUCCCCAAGCCAGGUGUAUUUCACCCCAGCCAGCGGAGAUCCUCCAUUACUGAAACUUCGAGCCCCAGAGGAGGACCAGCCUAACAACAAGGAGCCCUGCUGUGGACUCAUGUAGACUCACUCAGACAUUAACGCACACUGCCUGCAGAAGAGCUCGGGCUGUUGCACAAAGUGGCAAAAACAUUUCAAAACAACACGUUUGUAAAUUAAUCACUUAAGACUGAAAGUUAAGGCCACGUGCUAGUGAGGGUUCCGUUCAUUUCAGAUUACUCAAGUGCAAUCCACAGAAUGUGCUCUCUUUGCUUAUAUUUUUCAAUCAGUAUGAUUCAUCUACACUUUAUGCUCAAGGUCCCUGAUGCUCCCUCUUAAUUAGAGGCGCCACAUAGACUGUAUAUAGAGAUGGAGCCAGAGUCUGCACAGUAGCAAUCGUGGUGUGGAGCCGCGGUAGCGAGGUCUCGCCAAUACAUGUGCUCGCUAUCUUAACUGUCAAUCAACACGUUUGACCAUUUUAUAACAUCAAAUAACAAAUUAAUACCAAACUUACUGAAUAAUGAGCACUUGAACAUACAUCAGUGUGAUUAUAACUACCUGAAAUCCCAGAAAACAUUUGGAGAAAACUUUUUUGACAUUUUACUUUUUAGUUUGAUCCAUGCCCCAUCCAAUUCAAUGGAGGAGGUGGGUUUAUGAGCAAUACUGCAGCCAGCCACCAAGUGGCGAUCGAGUGGAGCUGUCAUGUCGUCCAUCUUCAUUACACAGUCUGAGUGAUCUGAUGGACUCGCUUGGAGGACAAAGGUUUCUUGUUGCAGUCACAAGCAAAGAUCUGCUUUGUGGUCUUUACUCAAAAAGCCUGAGAAUCCCACGAAAUAUGAAUUAUCCACAUAAAUCUGAACGGAAUUGUAGUGAUUUAUCUUUAACUAAGAAUUAAUGAAUGACUGAGGUUAAAGUUGCGUGGAGGCAGAUUCACAUUCACGAAGAAUCAAAUCCUGUCAAAGACCUAACUUCUGACCAAUCAGAUCACUGGAAAAGUAGUUGUUAUUUCAUUCAAGAUCCUGACAAAAGAGUUCCGAGUUAGUAAUGUGACAAAUAAUAAAAAGCAACAGAUAUUUUUAUAGAUCUGUUGAAUCAUUUUACUGUUCCAUGCAAGCAGAGCUUCUGACAGAAAGUUAAUCAUAAAAUAAAAUAAACAACUAUACAUAACUAUUACAGAUUUAUUUUCUGAUUCCCAGUUUGAUUGUUUUACUCUUCAGAAUCACAUGAGGAGACUCAAUGUUUUUGAAUAGAAAAGCUGUCCACACAUAUUUAAUAUUCAGUUAGAUUGACAGACAUAAAAUACUUUUCUUCUGUCCUCUCUGCUUUUGAUAUAAGAAACAGUCUGACAUUACUGUUAUUCAUAAAGCCUGUUAAUCAGCAGAACAAAGCAAAACUACUCUCUCAGUAAGAAACUGAAGAAUAAUUCCUCGACUUAUUUACAAUAUAUCCUUUGCCUUAUUUUGAUAAUCGGAUAAUAAUUAUUUCCACUGGUUCUUUUCUAUUCUUGUUGUGUUAUAAUUUUGUUUACAUUUCACCUUGUUGAAUGUCACUUAUAAACGUUGCUAUAACCAGAUUUACCUGCAGGUGGCAGUGGUUCUUCUCUCAUAGUUAGUGCUAUAGCUAUGGUUCUGAUGUUGUCCAUUGUUAUUAACUAAACCCAGAGUUAACUGAGGUGGUUGACGACCAGCGUCAUGUUAGACGUCAUCCAGGAUGUCUGAUGUUCGGCUCAGUGAAGCAAGAUAACUGCGAGAUAUCCUGGGUAUGUUGAAGUGGCUUUGUGGUACAGGCCUCGGAUGUUCUUACCUGUAAAACUCUAUAACAUUGAUACAACACAUGAAUUAACACAAUGUCAACACAGUCCAGGUCGAGAUGACCCACCAAGGAAAUGUCCCAUCAUUCCCUGCCAAAAACGUAGAGUCACAAAGCUUCACAUAAUCAUAACAGGAAGUGUACACAUUUACACACAUGGUUUGUUUUGUCACUAUGGUUCCAUUAACUAUUCUGAAGCUCCAUUUACUCAACUGUUCUCUUGCUUGAUUAUUUUCUGGGACUGAAAAUGUUCUGAAUUCUUUUAUCAUCUUUCCAAUGCACAAAAAAGCCCAAAUUUCAAUAUGUGUUCUCGUGCAAUUUGUAAAUGAAAUGCUCUCUCUCUUUAUAUUUCUAUUUUUCUAGCCUCUGAAUGGAAUCACUUUAUUUAUUCUAUCUGAUACUGAAUGUUGCUCACAGUGUACAGUUAUUGUACCAUUUUAUAAAAGAUGAAUAUAUAAAGAUUUAAACUGAGGGCAAGAUAUUUUUGUGCUAACCGACGUAUUCAAGAGAUGGAAAAUAUGAUCAUUUUUCAAAAGUCGAUGUCUUCUUAGAUUUGAUAACACUGUAGGUUUGCAGUUCUUGCACAAAGUCGCACGUGUAAAUUUGGUGAGUGGUGGAAUUUAAUGACCUGUCAGACAAUCUGAUGAACUGUCAGUGCAAUUUCUGUAUUGCAUUUCAAUUUUGUUAGUGAUUUAUAAAAACAAAACAUAAAAUUGUUCAUGUUUUCA